UUGUAUUAAGUUAUUAACCCAGUCUUCUUCUGCUGACAAGAGUGGAAGCCGCUUCUUCCUCUUUGGUUCUUCGCCGCCAUCAUCCCCGUCGUCCUCCUUCUCCUUCCUGGUGCAUCGCAAAUCAGGCGAGAGACCAGAGGCAACGGCGAUUCUGCACGCAAGAUUUUACUUCGUCAAUUGGGUCGAGACUAGGGCUCGUAGAAAGGAAAAAAACUAGAGAUCGACACAGAGGGAUAAAAUACAGGAGCUCAUGUUUAUUCCCCACAUUAGAGAACAAUGAACCAGGCGGUGCAGAAGAAUACUUUGUACGUAGGUGGAUUGGCAGAGGAAGUGAAUGAGGGGAUCCUGCAUGCUGCUUUCAUACCAUUUGGAGACAUCAAGGAUGUGAAGACGCCUUUGGACCAGGCAACACAGAAGCACCGAUCUUUUGGAUUCGUCACUUUUCUGGAGAGGGAGGAUGCAGCCUCUGCCAUGGAUAAUAUGGACGGCGCAGAGCUCUAUGGCCGAGUCCUCACAGUCAAUUAUGCUCUCCCCGAGCGCAUCAAGGGUGGUGAACAGGGCUGGGCUGCCCAACCUAUUUGGGCGGAUGCCGACACAUGGUUUGAGAGACAACAACAAGAGGAGGAAAUGCAGAAACUCCAAGCAGAGAACAUGGCUGAAAUGAAGGCCGCAGAGGAAUUACACCGGAAGAAAAUGGCAGAGGAGAGGGAAGGUGAGAAGGAGGAUGGAGAUGUCGUCAAUGAUGAUCCGAUGGCACAAGCCGAAGCAGAGGUUUUAAAAGACAAUGCAUUGGGCUCUUCUUAGCCGCGCUACCAAUUUUUGUUUUCAGUGAUUGUUAUGUUUUCGGGUUUGUGAAAAAGAUUCUAGUGUGGCUAGUAGAUCUAAUGCCGAUUAGAGUAUUGUGUGUUCGACAUUGAUCCUUGUGUGGGCAUUCAUGUGGUGCCAUGUCAAGGGCUUGGGUCUAGGGUUACCCUCCAAAUGUGAGGAUACCAAGUGUGAAAGCCAAAGAAAAGAGAAAAAAGAAUUGUAGUUUAACACUAUCUCCCUCCUCAGGUUUCCCAUCUCUGCAUGAAUUGGCCUGGCCAUUGAAAGCAUUACUGGCAUGACUUCAUAUUACAUUCAUUUUGUCCAUGAUCCAAUGAAAUCACACAAGAAAUAGUCUCGAGGGGU